AUGGAUUCCGUCCAUUAUUGUUGGACGCAGCCUAAUAUGGGCGACGAAGCCAAGUUGAAGGAACGUCAGAAGUUGAUCCAAUCUCGGAUUGAGAAAUUGAAAAGUACGUUAACUUUUUAAUAGCUGCCCUAACUCAUGAGCUACGGUUUGAUGCUUCAUUUUGAUAGAAUACUAAAGUUUUCAUAUUAAAUUUUGUUAUUAUUGUAUUUUGAGUUGAUAUCGUUAUGGUCAAUUGCAAUUGAACCUUGAUUGUUUAGGACAAAAAAACAAAAUCAAAGAAACUCCUGACGAAGGUGUGUUCAACGAUAAAUGUUUCAGCGAUUUCAAGAUUAAAACGGGAGAAGAAGUCUUUUUCGUAAGUUAAUUUCUUAUUCUUUUGUGAUUUUAGGUAAUAACUUAUAAGCUGGGGAGUCGUAUCGUGCGACAGAAUUGCGGAAAUCUUGAAAGAUAAUAAUUUAGGUAUCGAAAGGUAUUUUGGCUUUAAAAUCGCCUGUAUUCAAAGCAAUGUUUCAAUCCGGAAUGAAAGAAGUUCAGGAUGGGACAUUGGUAUUAACAGAAGAUUCAGAAGUCGUUAGAGCAAUGUUGUUGUUUAUGUAUCAUAACAAAAAUGUUCGUGAUGUUAAACUUGCGAUGAGGGUACUCCAACUAGCUCACCGUUACGAGAUUGAGCUUUUAAGGGUAUGUUUGAGAACUUAUAUUUUAGAAUGUUUAAAGACAAUAUAAUGCUGAUAGAAAUCGUAUUUAAUGCCUGUAAAGCUUUUUAAAAGAAACUAUGCAAUGUUAUUUAUAGUAAUUGUAAAUGUACCCAUUUCAGGCACAGUGCGAGUUGUUUUUGAUGGAGAACAUUCAAGUGGAUGAUGCUGAAGAGUGUCAAUUAUUGGCCAGAUCAUUGGAUUUGCGUUUCCUUGCUUUGAAGUGCUCUGAGGUGUUCUUCUUCAAUUUUCUGACUAACUAA